GCCGGCCGCCAUUUUGUGAGAGCCGUGCCUCAGUUUCCCCGAGGGGAAGAAGACGACGCCGGGACAUGGCGGGGGGGUGAAAGCGCUUUUAUUGCCCCUCGGCCGGGGCCGCGGGGGUGGCCGGGGCCGCCCCUUCCUUCAGGUUCGGUUGCUCUGGAAAGACGCCGGCGCCUUUACCACGAGAAAACAAAACAAAACACACAAAAACAAAAACAAAACAAACAAAAAAAAACAAAAACAAAAUAUAUAAAAUCUCUAAUAUACAACAACAACUGCAACAAAACAACAAAAAAAGGGGAGGAAAAAGCUCGCUUCCCCUUUCCCUUUCCCCUCUUCCCAACUUCCCGCCCGGUGCCGUGGAAGAGCCGCCAUCGCAGUCUCCGUCCUUUGGACCGCCCUUGGGAAGCCGUUGCAAACCUGAAGGAAACUGCCACUUAGAAACAUAACCCCCCUUUCUUCUUUCCCCUCUUCCCCAAAAUCCAAAGGGAAACAGCCAAAACUCCCUGAUUUUUCCGAUUUUUUUCGCAGGCUUUUUCAUCCUGUUCCUUUUUGCCACCAUUUAACGCGACAAAAGCCACCCUCGUAGGGACCCCCCCCCCCCCAAACCCCCCUCCUUCUGUUCCGCAGCUCAAAAGCUGCCUUUUUUCCAGCCAUGACCCAGCCCAAUGCAGCUCUUUUUUGGCUCUGACCACCCACCAAUGCCUAAAUCCAAACCUUGAAGCGCUGUCGGCGAGCAAAAUAAUUGGAUAGGCUCUCCUGCCAUGGGCUCGGGCCCCAUCGACCCCAAGGAGCUCCUCAAGGGCUUGGAUUGCUUCCUGGGCCGCGAUGGCGAGGUCAAGAGCAUGGAGGGCAUCACCAAGAUCUUCAACCUGAUGAAAGACUCGCAGAAGCUGGUGAGCCGCUGCAUCUACCUGAACAUCCUGCUGCAGACCCGUGCCCAGGACAUCCUGGCCAAGUUCAUCCGCAUCGGGGGGUACAAACUGCUCAAUACUUGGCUCACCAGCUCCAAAGCCUCCAACAACGUCCCCUUCCUGCAGCAGAUCCUGCUCACCCUGCAGCACCUGCCUCUCACUGUGGACCACCUCAAACAGAACAACACAGCCAAGCUGGUGAAGCAGCUCAGCAAGUCAAGUGAUGAUGAAGAACUGCGCCGCCUCGCCUCCAUCCUGGUCAGUGACUGGAUGGGUGUCAUCCGGUCCCAGAGCAGUGCCCAGCCCAGUGAACGGGAUAAAAAGAAGCGGAAAGAGGAAAGCAAAAGCAAAACCCCUGCCCAGGAGAAGCCCCAAGAGGCCAAAGCUGAAGCGAAAAGCGAGGAGAUGCCUGAGAAGAAACGGGAGAAACCCAAAUCCCUGCGGACCACAGCGCCCAGCCACGCCAAGUUCCGCUCCACUGGGCUGGAGAUGGAGACACCUUCGUUAGUGCCCUUGAAGAAAAUGAACUCUGCUUCCAGCACUGAUAAAUACAACCUGAAACCGAUGCCCAUCAAGAGGCAAAACCUCUCCUCGGCCAUGGGCGAUGCUCCCCCCGCAGAGAAGAAAUACAAGCCCCUGAACACGGCCCCCAACGCCACCAAGGAGAUCAAAGUCAAGAUCAUCCCCCCCCAGCCCAUGGAGGGCCUCGGCUUCCUGGAUGCCCUCAACUCCGCUCCCAUCCCCGGCAUCAAGAUCAAGAAGAAGAAGAAGGUUUUGUCCCCCACCGCAGCCAAGCCCAGCCCCUUCGAGGGGAAGGCCGCUCCUGAAGCCACCUCCACCAAACCCUCGUCCCCGGAGCCCACCCCGGCCUCGGAGCCCAUGGAUCCGGAUCGCCCUGGAACGCCGGUGCCGGCUGUGGAAGUGCCGGAGCCGAUGGAGACCUGCUCCUCGGAGGCGAGCGGUGAUUCCAAAAGCAUGGAAAACCCUCUGGAAAGCGGGCAGCUCACCAAGAAGGGCCGCAAGAAGAAGACGGUGAGCUGGCCGGAGGAGGGGAAGCUCCGGGAAUACUUCUACUUUGAGCUGGAUGAGACGGAGCGAGUGAACGUGAACAAGAUCAAGGACUUCGGGGAAGCGGCCAAGCGGGAGAUGCUGAAGGACCGGCAGGCCUUCGAGACGGCGCGGCGCCUGAGCCACGAUGCCAUGGAGGAGAAGGUGCCCUGGAUGUACCCCAAGCUCCUGGAUCUCCCGGCUCCCCUCGUGGUGCCGGGCAGCGGGAGCCGGGAGCGCUUCACCCAGGCCGAGAGGGAGAAGGGGAUCCUGCAGGAGCUCUUCCUCUCCAAGGAGAGUGUUCCCGACAGCCCCCACGAGCCCGAUCCCGAAUCCUACGAGCCGCUUCCUCCCAAGCUGAUCCCUUUGGAUGAGGACUGCUCCAGCGAGGAAGGGCCUUAUCCCGAUGGAUUGGACCCGGGAGCAGCCUCCCCAUCCCCGGAGGCCGGCGCCAAGCUCCCGCCCGUCCUGGCCAACCUGAUGGGAAGCGUCGGGGCCGGGAAGAGCCCCCAGGGCCCGGCCCCAGGCGCAGGCAUCAACAUGCAGGAGAUCCUGAGCUCCAUCAUGGGUGGUCCCAGCACCCACAAGGCCGAGGAGCUGCUCAAGCAGCCAGAUUACUCAGACAAGAUCAAGCAUCUCCUGGGGAACCUGCAGGCACCGGGGCCCGGCGGAGUGCCCCACGGAUUGCUGGGCCCCGGCCCCAUGGCCAAUGGCUUCCCACCAGGCCCCAAGGCCAUGCAGCACUUCCCCCCGGGGGGGCCCAUGCCUGGACCCCACGGCGGUGGCGGGGGGGGCCCGGGGAUGCCCCCAGGCCCUGGGGGGGGGAUGCCCGGGGGUGGCCCCCGGCUGCUGGGGCCGCCCCCUCCCCCACCCCCUCCUCAACGCGGCGGCGACUUCUGGGACCCCCCCGAAGCUGGGGGAGGGGGAGGGGCGAUGCGCGGGGGGGGCCCCCACGGCGGGGGAGGGGGAGGGGGCAUGCGCGGGGGGGGGCCCCCCUUCCACCGCCCCCGCGGGCGCAGUGGGGGCGAGCCCCCCCCGCCCCCCCCGUACCGGUGCCGAGGAGGAGGAGGGGGUGGGGGGGGGCGCAACGGGGGCCCCCCCCCGAGUGGGGGCGGGGGGGGCGCGAGGGGGGGCCCCCCCGGCGAGCACGGCAGAGCCCACCCUGGAGAGCACCCCCGCGGCCACGCAGGAGCCCGGUCCAGCCGCGCCGUCUGCCGCCACUUCCUGCUCAAGGGCAGCUGCAGGUACGAGAACAAGUGUGCCUUCUACCACCCCGCCCCAUAGCCCCCCCAUAGCCACCCCAGGGCCCUUCCUCCUCCUCCUCCUCCCCCUCUCACGCCGCAGCCACCACGUUUAUGGCUUCUAUGAGGCCUCUUGUGAUG